AUGAAUACCGUAGAUCGAUAUGACUUGGAACUACGAGUCUCUUGGCGUGCUACCCCAAAGGCGGCCUGGACGCGCCGCGUCAUCCCUGACUUACCAAGAUGGCUGGAAAGGACCGUCCCAUGGGUGCCUCUGACAUUUCACAUGACACAGGCACUCACGGGCCACGGCUGCUUUGGAUGGUACCUCCAUCGCAUGAAUAGGGCCGCCAGCCCGCGCUGCUGGCAGUGCUCGGGCGAAUCAGACACCGCCGAACACACUUUGUUCGAUUGCCCCCACUGGGACGGCUUUCGCGAACCCUCGAGCGCCAGGAUUAGCCAUCGACCGAGCACCGACGACGUCCCGGACAUUAUCUGCGGACCGGCGUUCAAGCUUCUGCCGGUGGACGCUCACGGGAGGGACGCCAUCCUGAGUGAAGCCGAAGAGCGAUUUAAGCUGUUUUACGGCAUGGUGGAGAAUAUCCUUUCAGCUAAGGAAGAAGAGGAAAGAGCGCGACAGGCUGUGAACGAACGGAAUCCACCAUAG